UGAUUGGGCAACACUAGAGAGCAGUCGACAACACUACGUGAAAACGGUUCGUCAUAGAAUUUUGGAUUCCUUUGUCGUUAAUUACUUUGAAUUAUUAUAAGGUACGGUUUAAGUUAAAUCAACGAUUAUCCAAAAUACAAUUAAUUAGCAACGGCAAGAACAGCGAGAGAUUCACAGAGAUAUGGCUGUUAACGUGUACUCCACAAAUGUGACGUCCGAGAAUCUGUCUCGUCAUGACAUGCUGGCCUGGGUAAACGAUUGCCUCCAGUCGCAGUUCUCCAAAAUUGAGGAACUGUGCACGGGUGCCGCUUACUGUCAGUUCAUGGACAUGUUGUUCCCAAAUUCAGUGCCCGUCAAGCGUGUCAAAUUCCGUACAAAUCUGGAGCAUGAGUACAUACAGAACUUUAAGAUCUUGCAGGCGGGCUUCAAAAAAAUGUCCGUCGAUAAGAUAAUACCCAUUGACAAAUUGAUAAAGGGUCGCUUCCAAGAUAAUUUCGAAUUUUUACAAUGGUUCAAAAAAUUCUUCGACGCCAACUACGAUGGCAGAGAUUAUGAUGCCAGCGGUGUGCGCGAAGGGGCGCCGAUGGGCUUUGGUUCCGGUGCUGUUAAAUCUCUGCCUGGCACAAGCGGCGGCGGCGGCGUUGCCAGCUCCUAUAGGCGUGUGCCAACGGCGGCACAAACACGAACAGCGGCAGCAACAACGACAGCCACAAAGCCCACAGUCUCUAAGGUGCCGCCACGCACAAAUAAUGCGACGCCGCCGAAUCGAAUGAUCGCCGGCACGGGAGCUGUCAAGAAGAACGAUGCGGCUGGUGCGGCAUCCAAUCAUCAGAUCGAAGAGCUCUCCAAUCAGGUAAUGGACAUGCGCUUGAAUCUGGAGGGUCUGGAGAAAGAGCGCGAUUUCUACUUCACCAAGCUGCGCGACAUUGAAAUACUUUGCCAGGAAGCCGAUGAGGCUGAACCAGCACAGCUGAUUCAAAAGAUUUUGGACAUACUCUAUGCAACCGAGGAUGGCUUUGCGCCACCAGACGAUGCACCACCAGAGGACGAAGAGUACUAAGUAUAAUCAACAACAACAACAACAGUCAACAGCCCUCGAUGAUUAAUUGUUUGCUGCAUACACAUUCAAAUUCGAACGGAGAAUACAUUUAACACAAUUUGCUAUGCUAAAACCUAAACUAAAACCAAAUUUAUGAAAAAUAACUACAACUACAACUACAACUACAAAUUCAACAACUGCAACAAGAACAAGAACAACUCAACUAUAUAAGGAACCAAGUAACCAUCGAGAAACCACAAUAUACAUGCAAAGAUACACACACAACAGACACACACACACACAUCAUAGCACUGGUAAAUGUAUUGUAUAACAAAUAAUACACAUGAGAUAUACAUUAUACAUGUACAUUAGUUAUUAACAAUUGAUACAAAACAAUUAAUUCAAUUCGGUUUAGUAAUUAUGUAAUUUAAACAUUUACGAAAUGGCGACAAGCAAUUUUUGGCCGAUUGAAACACGAAUUUUCGAACAGAUACAAACAAAUGCGUUGAAACUGCUCAAUUUUGUUAAAGACAAAGCUGUGUUAUGUUAAAUGUCUGGCAUUCAAAAUAUUCGAAGCAUGCAACUUGCAACAAGCAAACAAACAUACAACCAAACUGUGUUCGGUCGGCGCCUGCUGUGUUGCUAUUUAGUAAAUUGAACACCAACAUAUUGCAUCUAAAUUGUUUAUAGUAGGAGAAAUAAAAAAACAAACAAAAAAUACAACAAAAAAACGAGAAAAAAACGAAAGAAAUAAACAAAAGGCGUGGCAAAAAGUAACUGACAGAAAGACUUGAUGUGAAACACAAAUUGUUAAAAUGAAAAACUUUAAAUUAAAUUGAUAAUAAUUUGGGUUUUGUUUCAAAUUUGGUUUUUGCUGUGUGUCAUACAAAGUCGUUUUUUAUAAACUGAUGAAUUUAUAAUUUUUAUUGACUCUCGUCGUUAUUAUUGAGUGUGUUUUGCUGCAUAGUAGAUUUGUAGAAUGUGAAAAUAACUCUCGUUAGUAAUUAUGCAGAUGAGAUGGCAUUUGGAAUUUUCAAUCUUAUUAAAUUAACAACGGCAACACUCGAUGCAAAUGCAUACACUAUUGAGUACAGUAGUAUUUAAGCCAUUUUUUGCUCUCAACACUUUUUUUUUAGUUCUAUAAUUUAUGUGUAAAAAAUCCGAACGUUUAAAAAUUAAAUAAAAAACAAAAGCUACUAUCUAAUUUUUGAAACAAAUACACUGAUUUACUUAGGAUUUACUCAUUAAAUAAACAACAACAACAAAAAAGGAAA